AGCCUGGCCCAAAGGCAGGAUUUAGCGUCGAGCUAUAGACGCUAUAGACGUCGCUGGACGCACAGCUACACGGUGUUUGCGCCCGGUCGCGCGCAGAGAGGUGCGCGAGGAACCGCCUCAGGUCAAAAUGGGGUACUGUAAAUACAUCAAGGCCCUCUUCGUUGUUCUUUUGAGCGCUGCCAUCUUCGCUGCGACCGUGCGGAAGGUCCCUUACGACCAUCUCAAGCGUUUGGUGACCAACGGCACCGUGGAGCAUCUCGUCCGCGGGGGACCGUGCGCAUGCGCGGAGCGCUGUUUGGCCGCGAGCGACGACCCGUGGUUUACUGAACGCUUCAGAGAAGACGUUCACCCUCUGCUCUCUCUCGGCAACAGCGAGCUCUCUGACAACAUCUUUGGCUGGUGGCAGACCCUACAAUCUACAAAGAGCAAAGCUAAUUACUCCCAAGUGAUUCAGCAGCUGUUUUCCGUCAUUCCUGGAGAGGAGCGAUACAGAGACGCCGGACCGUCUCGCUGCCGAAGCUGUGCUGUGGUGGGAAACUCCGGGAACCUCCUGGGAUCCUCCUACGGCUCUCUUAUAGACAGCCACGAUUUUGUAAUGAGGAUGAACAAGGCACCGGUCGAAGGCUAUGAGAAAGACGUGGGAAGCAAGACGACGCACCGCAUCAUGUACCCAGAAACCGCCACCCAUCUGGACAGCAACACACACCUGCUGCUGCUGCCCUUCAAAUUACUGGACGUCCAGUGGAUCACCAGCGCUCUAACUGAUGGGUCCAUCAAACGAACACGGUUUAAGGUCAUAGACUUGCUACAAGCCAACAAGGACAAAGUGAUGGUUAUGCACCCUGCGUUCAUGUAUUACGUGCGCUCUUCAUGGCUGCACAUUAAGCGAUCUUAUCCGUCCACGGGCUUCCUCGUUCUAAUGUUUUCCCUGCACGUCUGUGACGAGGUCAGCGUGUUCGGCUUCGGCGCGGACAGCAAAGGCAAUUGGCACCACUAUUUCGAAAAAAUGCCAAAGAAUUUCAAACGUACUGGUCAACAUCCAGGAGGCAUCGAGCACGAGAUCAUUUUAGAACUUCAGAAAAGGAGUUUGAUCGAUCUGUACACGGGAUUGUGAGAAGGACGACGGGUGGAUCAUUGUGGGAGAAUGAGACGCUCACCAAAAAGUGCCGGCAAAAGUGACUUUUACAUGAUCGCAAAACUACUUCUAUUCAUAAAUGCUCUUGCGAGAGGCAUUAUUGUGAAACCGUAACAUAACGACCAAUGUACAUAAACGUGUUAUGUAUAUAAUAUGUGUAUAAAUGUGUUAUUGCACAUAUAAAAUAUCGAGUAUU